CACAAGGAUAAAAAGGCAGCAUUUCAAGGCAAGAUGUCGAAAGUGGCAUGUCUCAAGCUCAAUGACACUUAAAGGGGAAUGGAAGUACAUCUAAGCAAAGAGAUGUAUUCAAUCAACUAAUACUAAACAUGUGCAUUUAACAUUAAAAAAAACAUCUCUAUAUUUAGUGUUUUGAACUUCGACAAGGUUUAUUUGAGCUAUGGUCAGCGCCAUUUUUAAUUACCAUAGUAACGACUGGCAGGAAUCAGAAAAUUGUCUGUUAUUGAGUUUUCGCGCGGAGAGUGGAUCGAAGAGAGUGAGUUUAGGACAACGAAGAUGGCAACAAAACGUAGUAAUUCAAACAUGAACUGUAUAGCACCCGGCUGUAGGAAUUGGCUCAACAACUAAAAAUCCCUCGGUAAGCUACCAUCGGCUGCCCAAGGACCCACAACUUUUGAAGACGUGUCAGCUGGAGCUAGCAGGAUCUGUAGCCAGCACUUCACGGAGGAAGGGCACUUUCGAUUCGGCAACCGGGAGUUUCCGAAUGGAAAGGAAUCAUAGGCCUACGUUGAAGCCCUCUGCUUGCCCCCUCCAUUUUCAAUUCAAGUUUGACAUUUCAAAUCAGAUGCUUGAGCUUGUUCCAAUUUUACAACAAUUUCGAGGUCGGUACAACAUACAUACAACUUGCAUACAACGAAUUGGACCAAGCUAGGCCUUCAUUGGUACCAGGGCAAAUGCCAUGCAUUUCCAGGCAUUCCUGUUGGAUGGACUGGUGAGGUGGAACGAGGCAGCCUCUGCUCUGUUACAGUGGCCACCUGCAGCACAUCCUCACCCUUAGCAGCCAAAGGGUGCUUGGCCAGGACCAGGUAAAGGACUACACCAAGCCUAGUGAGUACACAGGGGAACUCCUUGGAGUUGAGUACCUGUACUCUCAGACUGGCAGAGUGCUGCAGGAUGUCAGCGCGGACCCUGACCUUCCGGAAGAGGCAGCCGCCGUCGAGCAGCUCGAUGAGGGCUUUCAGGAGGAGGAUGUGGAUCCGACAGUCCACAGCCCUCCUGUCACUCCUAUGAGCGCCCCGUCCUCCAGCUCAGCGGCACCUCUGUCAGGGGAACCCGCUGACACACCCAGGUCUGGGCCAUCCAGUCCCACCGCCCCUGAAGACGGAAGCUCUCCUGAGGCCACUGAUCGACACGAUUCUCCUCACCCUGACCGCUCCUCCUCUGAUUCAGAGCAUGUCCGCAGGCUUGCCAGGGCCUUGGAACCGUCAGUUGUUGUCGGACCGCAGGGUAGACUGUCUGGUGGCGCUGUGGCUGGCGCUGCCAAACUAUGACAAGUAGCGUUUGAUCUACCCUGCCCGACAAGGGGGAGAGGAUGGAUCGGGGGCGGUUUAAGGUACUGAAGGGGAAGGAGUACCAGACUCUCUCCAACGGUAUAUUUUGUCUUCUCGGACUGAACUCGGGCCCUGCUAAUUGGCCAGCCAUCUUCCGUUUGGUGGAGGCCAUUUGCAGUCAUCUCUGUCAGAUCCAUCCCAGCACCACGCAGUCUGCCGGCGUCAAGAAGAGCAGGCGGGCGCUCAUUCUGGCAGACUACGUGGCCAUCAGGGUGGCAAUGCUGAACAGCCCGAGGUUGAUGGCCCAGACCAACCUUCAGCUGUUUGAGCUUAAUCAAAGGACCAUCAGUCAGUGGUACUCCCGGUGUCAGAAGGAGAUGGAGAGGAUGGUGCUGCAGCAGGGAUUGGAGCUCGCUCCUGCCCCCAGCGUCAACGCCCAGCCCCUCCCUGCAGCCAAGCCCGUCCACUACCAGCGGGAGGGGAUCCAGGCACCCUUCCCUUUCCCUACACUGCCCCCCGCGGUCCCACGCCAGGCCACCCAGCAAGGACGGUCCGCCCAUUCUGCCAGCCCACCUGGAGCAACAACCCCCCGCACUUCCUGGCCCCUCCCAGCCCAAGGACCACCGACGGGCUCCUCUUUACCUCCAAGGACAACGGCUUGGAGGGGACAGCCGGGAAGAGACGAAGGCAAUACGAGCAGUACAUCUGCUCCAAACGCGGGUUGCCGAAGCGGCGGGAGACGGGGCACAGCCGCUUCGGCGGAGUGGCGUUCUGCUCUGUUGCUGAGGAGGUUGGGUUUACUUAUGCAUCUGUCACAAAACAAAAGGGCCCAGCUGACCACAACAAAGCCUCAAAGCACAAGACUUGUCACCCAGCAAAACCCCCUUUCCUCCCUCCAUUGGACUGAGAAGAUUGAGCAGGAUCUUGAUCCAUGGCCAUCUUGUAGGUUGGCCCCUGUGGUUUCACAGGGCUCGUGGAGCACCUUAACGGACUUUACAGAGACCCCAAAGAUGGCUCAAAUGAACUUGAUGUAAACAUGUUAAGGUACUAAAUUAAUUAUGUAAUAUCCAUGUUAAAUAGGCACAGUGGCCCUUUAAGUAGGUGUGGCUACAAUUAUGUUAAGUAGCCAUGUGCUUCCCGAAAUUCAAAAACAAUAAAUAAUGAGCUAUUUGACAUGU